UCACAUAAAAAAUAAACCAACAUCGGGUGGUACGUCUGGCGGAAACGUUUGCUGUAAACACACGUAUUUUACACUUUCUACCACACAAUUUCGUCUGUUAUCAGGUCUGUUACGCGCAAUGGAACAGAAGGGAAGCGAUAUGACUCAACCUCCAUACAAUGCCCCGGCUGAUGCUCCGCCGCCAUAUGGCCAGCAGUUUCCUCAACAACAACAACAACAUCAGCCACCAUAUACAGACCAACAAUACCCGGCUCAGCCAUACCCGGCUCAGCCAUAUCCGGCACAGCCUUAUCAGCAAAGUGUGUCAAAUACAAAUGUGGUGGUAUCUGCUCCACAGGCACCGCAGACGGUUGUGAUUCAACAGCGUCGGACUGAUGCCUUGAUUGGCCUGGAUAUUGCCGGUAUGGUUAUGGCAGUUUGGCAUACAUUCUGUUGUUUCAUUCCACUGGGAAUUGCAGCCAUUAUUGUGUCUGCAUUUGCAUUUGGAUUUCGGGCUGAUGGUAAACAUGACACGGCCAAUAAGUUAAGCAAGGUCUCAAUUGGUCUCUCCAUUGCAGGUUUCAUACUUGGCGUGGUCCUCAUCAUAGUCAUUGUAGUUUUACUGAUGAACGCUUCUUCUUCUUAUGACUAUGAUGGUUAUAAAUAAUGAAAUGCAACUAUCAGAGAGUGAGGUCUUCUUUAAUCCUUCAAGUUAACUUUUGUCCCCAUUCGCAAAUUUGUAACACACAUAAUUUUUUUAAUAAUUUUUCCAAAAUGUUGAUCAUUUUGAAAUUUUAUGUCUACUUGAUCCAAAAUUAUCAAAAAAUAUAUGGAAAAAUACAUAAAAUCUGGCUUUGAUGAGACAAAUGACACUCAAAGGGUUAAAGUUGCAUUCCCGCUUUGUAAAUAUGUGAACCAUCAUUCUCAGAACAGAUGAAAAUAUAAAAUGCAAUGUAAAAUAUGAAAUAUUAACUGUAGAUGCCCUGCUUUUCUUUUUGUCCAUUUCAUUCUGAGAGUACUGGAGGUACUUACCCCUUACAGACAAACAAACAAACCUACAAUGUAACUGGCCUUCAAGGGCAAAACAAAGCCUCCUAACUCUGUGUUCAUUGUUUACAAGUCUUAAUUUAAGUGGCUUGCUAUUCUGCAGUUAAUUACUCAUUUCAACAUUGCAUGGUAUAAAUAAUAGCCAGGAGUAGAUGGCACUUAUUUUGUCAAUACAACUUCAAAGGGGCAGAGGCUGCAAGUUUUACCAUUUUUUUCGUAUUAUUUAAUUUACAUAAUACCAAGCCAAAACUGUGGUUCCAAAUGAAUAAACACUUGUUAUAUGUGGCAUGAACUUGUGAUAUGGCAUAUUUGUUUAUUAAUAGCAUGCAAAUAGCUGGAAAACAAACUUUUUAUCAAGCAAUUACUGUAAAUUAAUUUAUUUUCAAUAUUUUCACUGGAAGGAUAAAUCAGUGAAAAUAUAAUCCAGUAAAUAUACCUUUUUUCCUAUAUUUUACAUUCAACUCAUCAAAAGUCAGUGAAAAUAAACUUCAUACAAAACAGUGACAAAUUUAUUCCAGCUAAAAUAAUAAAAUAAAGUAUUUACAGUAGCCAUUUAGUAGGUUGUACAAGUUCUGUUUGCAUAUGCAUGUCACGAGCAUCUUAAUACUUGAUUCCAUCCAUGUUUGUUUGGUACAAGAAAGGUCAUUUAGGCUCACAGUUACACAGCAUAAAAUGUACAGAAAAAAUUGACUUAAAACAAAUUGCUUAAGCCUCAACUUUUUGUGUUUCAUGUUUUGUGAAUUUUUAUAUUCCAGUAUGCAUAAAAUCAUUGGUACUUAUAAACAGAUAUUUGACUCAUUUGAAAAUGGAUUUCACUGUUUCACAUCCUCAAAGUCGGAGCUAAAUUCAAAUUUUGCAUUCCUGUGUUUUUAUUGCUGCACAUAUACGCAAUGCAUUAUGGGAGAUAACUUUGAUUUGUAUAUAACUGAAAAAUAUUUAACAUACUAGAAACUCACUAAAUUGUAUGUCAACUUUUCAAACAAAUUUUUAACAAUAUUAGUACGUGUAUUCAUAUUAAUAAUAUACAACUUUUUCAUUCUCAAGGAAAAUAUUGAGAUAAAAAGAAAUAAAUCUCUCCAUAGAAACCAAUGUGAAAAUGAACAUUUUCACAGUUUUCUAUUCAAUUUCGAAAUCAAACAUCCUAAAAAGUUGUCCAGUGACUGUAAUUGUGGUUCUCUUCAUUUUUGAUAAUAAUGAAAUUAGGACGAACAUGAUUUAUAUUCUUCAAUUUGGCUUAAAAUUCUUAAAAUUUUUAGCAGAUGAAAAAAACAAGAGAUUGUUCAUUCAAAAGAGGUAUCUGUUUUGUGUUUCCAUUCUUUGCAUUCCUUGCAUGUCUUUAUGUAGUAGUGUUAGAUUUUAAUUAUAGUGAUGUUGUCAUGCUGUUAGUUUUCAAGAAUUGGUAUUGAGAUGCUGGUUAUGUUAUUGAAACACAAUUAUGAUAUUCAUAUGCAAAUUAACCAUCAUGUGAUAUGCAAAUUAACUUUAUGUGCACUGUGCUCGGAGCACUGGACAUAAAUACUUAAAUGUUUUUUUUCAAACAAUACAUCCAUCCCUUUCAGUCUAUUGUGUGCAUGCCAAGAUAGUGUUGUGACUUUUCUGUCAGCUACAUAGCAUUUUAUACCCAGCUGUAUGUUUUAACAUUCUCUAUUGUCAGUUGUUAUUUCUAUGUAUUUGUGCUAUUUUGAAAACUAGUUUCAAACAUCCAAAUAAUACUCAUACUGUACUGUGUAACCAUGCGUUUUGUAGAUAAUUGUCUGUUAAUGUAUUUCUUUUAUAAUUUACUGUAGAAUGAUAUAUUUUUACUCAAGUUUCAUUUUUACUGGUAGAAUAAAUAAAUGAAAAGAUAUGCAGUUGAAGGGCAGAGGUUACAGCGAUGUUGUUGUCGAUAAUGGUUCCAUUCUAGGGGUAACCAUUUAGAUACACACAGGGCAAAUUUGUUGUUUAUUAUUUUGUUAAAUUUGAAUAAUCAUGGUCAGGGCAACCACUGCCCUGGAUUCACAACUAAUUACCGGUAUAUAGUAUAUUAGCAAAACUGAAUUACUGUAGAAUACUUUAAUUACUUGGAAUAUAAUUUUUGCCCGGCGGGAUGAAUCAGUGAAAAUAAAAUCCAGCGAAUAUUCAUUUUUUUCCUGUUUUACAUUCAACUUGUCAAAAAUCAGUAAAAAUAAAUUCCAUACAAAACAUGGUUUUCAGUAAAAAUUAAAUACAGCUAAAAUAAAAUAUUCUACAGUAUGUUAGAAUAACAAUUAUCUUUUCUGCAGAAAUAUUGUAUGCUACAAUAUUUGUUUUAUUAUUGUACUCAUUUACAUUGGUUGGUGGGACAGGUUGAGGUUAAUGUAAACAGAAUAAAAAGUUGUUUUUUUUCAAGAAAAAAAAAAA